UCGAACUGUAGUUGAUUUUCCGUCUGGAUUCGUGACGGUGACGUGGUCAUCACGUGGUGUCGAAUCGACGCUCUGAUUGGAUGAGAGAUUAAUUUAUUUAUUAACAAUCGACUGUCGAUCUCACUAAUCGAUUCAAUAAUGACGUCACAGACCCAAAUGUCUGGGAACAAAAGAAACGCUACCAAUACCCCGACAUGUCACUGGCUCGGACUGCAACUAGCAAUUUCUCUUCUCGUCUUCGUAUCAACAGCAAAUGCAUCUUAUCUUGACCAUAUACCCGCUCACCAUCAAACCAGUUAUCAUACACUGUUACGGAAGAUGAGAGCGGCCGAAAUCCAAGCCUCCAAUUCCCGCAGAUCGCCUCCGAAAUCCCAGGGCUGCGGCUCAUCCGGCCAGGUAUGCAGCGAAACGUGUGAGAUGGUGCAGAAAAUGUGCAGUAAAUCGUGCAGUGGUAACGGUUGUUCCCUUAAUGCAAAACUACAGGAGGCCGGAAGAAUGAGUUGUGUUGCAAGCUGCUUCAACCACAAUCAGAAGCUGUUUGGGAUCGGAAGCACAACAGAAACCACCAUUACGUCAUCAAUUACAUCACCAAUUACGUCAUCAAACGCCAGCCCCACCGAAGCACGCACUGAUGUUGGGGCCAAGACUGUUGUACAAAAAGAAUCCAUUCGUGCGGACGAUACGAACCUCACUCCAGCAGAAAAAUGCGAAAUACUUGGAUUUCCAGAAUCCCAAGAUUGCUUGGUGGUGUACGAUCAAAAACAACCGUUUAAAGUUAUUGACGGUUUGGUGGAAAAACUUAUGCAGGCCACGAAACGCACAGAAGUUACGAAACAUACCGCCAACGAAGUUCAAACUUCCGAAACUGCUGAGUUUACGUCUCCAUCGGCACCAUUGUUACGUAAAAAACGUCGUUUAUCUUAUAGAUUUAGACGUAGACGAUCACCACAAUUGGUAACACGAAGCAGAGCCACAACUCAACCGACCGCCCCUUCCCGGUUAGAAGUUUGCCCCACCACGUUAAAAAUGGUCCAACCUGUAACUGCCGUGCACUGGAUAUCUGGGGCUAACGUCUUCUUAUACCAUGGAAAUAGAACCAAUCUUUACAACCAAGUUUUCGAGGUCGGGGCAUGCGAGCCAAAUGCGCCGCAUUUCAACAUCCGGAUUCCCGGGCGACCAAUCCCCGAAUGUCGGGUCGUGCAGACAAAAUAUUUGGCCAACUUUAUGUUGAACCGCAGCCAAGUAACAUCGGAGGAUUAUAGGAACAUUCUUUGUCACCCUGUUGAGGGCAUGCCUUACAGUAUAUGCCGAGAUUGGGUAUACCUGAACGCGCAAUGCAAGUUAUAUAUUUAAACGUCAUUCGACUCAAUGGACGCUACUAACCAAAAUUUACGACAACGUUACGUCAUCUGAUGACGUCACCGGCUAGAGCGCCCUCUGCCGACCGCACUUCUAACCGCGAAAAUUCUUCAGUUUUAUUUAUUGUUGUUUCCUGUUCUUUUACACUCCGCUUUCAACUCCAAAUUCUGCGAAAUCCGGAAAUCCGUCGCUUACCCGAUUAUUAGAAAUUACGUAACUGUUCUCCGCAAUUUGAGGUAAAAACACGAAAGGUUCGUUCCUCUUAAUUAAAAUGCGGGCGGCGAUACGCCUUUGGUUUGUACUAGGCGACAUUAGCGAUUUUUCCCACAACACACCUUAUGCUGACGGACCCAAACGCAAAGGGCAAUAUAAAAACUCUUGUAAUCAUUAAAUCGAGGCGCCGUUUCAAUAAUUGAGUUCAACCAAUUAAAAUCUCGCGUUCUCAUAACUUCGAACUACCAUGAGAACGUCAUAAUCAUCAGUGAUUACGUCAUAAUCAGAGGGAACAGUUUUAUGUCACUUAGUAUGUUCGACACUCCUGUACUCAGGGGCGUGUUCGAAUUAAAACGGAGCCGUAAACAGAGUAGUUAUGUUAAGCCUUGCCUUUACUUGGGCGUUUUACCGGCCUUUAUAGGUUACUACUACUGAUUACGUAAUUUCUUUUUUAGUUUUUUUUUUGCAAUCUGAAAAACUCGACAUAAAUCAUUGCGCAAUAUAUUGGAGAUUUGAAAUUCAAAAAGUGUUCGGUUUUUCUGAAUUUCGAACAUUUUGGAGCGAAAGCGUUUUUUUAUCCUCGCUUAUUUUGCACUAUUCCUUUUUAUAUUUAUUGCUCUUUCUAUUUUCAUAUUGCUUUCAUUCGUUUUUACGAGCAUUGCUGAGCCAAAGGCUUCUCGAUAUGCUAAAUAUAGAAAUUGUGAUCAAAUCGUGACUGACUUGUCCCUUAUUUAGAAAAGGUGCCCGAAUGCUAAAAAGACUGUUUUGUGGUAUGUUUUCAUGGACCGAGGGUUAAAAAUAAAGUCUUUAUUUUGGUUUUAAGGUGUUGUCACAUUAUCAGUAAUGUAACGUACAAAUGUCAUACAGCUGCAAACACAGUUAUACUAAACGACAUUAGCUUAA